UAAAUUAUGUAUCUAUAGGAGAUAGCACGGAAAUUCAUCGGUAUUAAAUACGUAUCUGAUACAUGAUUUAUACGAAGAACAGGCCUAUUAACUCUCUGUUCUUCAACAUAACGUCUCUUUUGUUUAUUUACAUCCGCAAGACUCUGGCCAGAUUGACUUUCACUUGAAAUUUUAAGCAAGUGCUAUAAAAGAAGAAGAAGAAGGCUGCGAAUACACGACUACAUAAGUAUUUAACGGGCCAAAUCGGAAGUAUGGAUGAGCAGGAUGAGUAUUGUUUGUUAAAAAAAGAGCUGAAACAAGUAACCAGAAAAAUUAUGGAGAAUACAUUUAGCAUAUCUAACGCGGAAUGUGCUAAUUCAUCUUGGGACGAAAAUGCAGAGCGUAAACAAUUACGUGAGAUGAUUAAUAAAUUGAUUACGAAUACACGACUACAUAAGUAUUUGACGGGCCAAAUCGGAAGUAUGGAUGAGCAGGAUGAGGUGAAGAAUGAGUGUCGUUCGUUAAAAAAAGAGCUGGAAAAACUAAGCAAAAAAAUGAUUAAGGAGAAUGCACCUAGCACAUCUAACGCGCAAUAUGCUAGUUCAUCUCGGGACAAAAAUGCGGAGCGUAAACAAUUACAUGAUACGUUUGAUAAAUCUAAGUGUUUGAUGGGCCAAAUCGGAAGUAUGGAUGAGCAGGGUGAGCUGCAUGAUGAGUGUCAUCGGUUACAAGAAGGGCUGAAAAAACUAACCGAAAAAAUUAAGGGGAAUAUACCUAGCUCAUUUAACGCGCAGUAUGUUAGUUCAUGUCAGGACAUAAUUAUAGAGCGUAAACAAAUACAUGAUAUGUUUGAUGAACUUGUUGCGAAUGUACGACAUAAGUAUUUGACGGGCGAAAUCGGAAGUACGUAUGAGCAGAGUAAGCUGAAGACUGAGUGUCGUUUGUUAAAAGAAAAGAUGAACAAACUAACCAGGAAAAUUAAAGAGAAUUCACCUAGUACAUCUAACGCUCAAUAUGCUAGUUCAUCUCGGGACAAAAAUGCAGAGCGUGAACAAUUACAUGAUACGUUUGAUAAAUCUGUUGCGAAUACACGACUAUAUAAGAAUUUCAUGGACCAAAUCGGAAGUAUGGAUGAGAAGCAGGAGAAGAAUUGUUCGUCAAAAGAAGAGGUGAAAAAACUAACCAGAGAAAUUAAGGAGAAUAUAUCUAGCACAUGUAAGGCGCAGUAUGCUAGUUCAUCUCGGGACAAAAAUGCGGAGCGUAAACAAUUACAUGAUACGUUUGAUAAAUCUAUGCCCAGCAAUCUUGUGAUAAAAGUUGGACUGCGAUCUAUCCAUGUCAAUAAAUUUGUGGUACAGAAUUGUUCUUCAUAUUUCAAAAAGAUAGACCAAUUUAUAACGUCUGAAGACAGUCAAGAUGUUAUCAGGCUCGAUCAGUUUUCGUAUGUUACGGUUUACACCUAUUUUAAAUAUAUAUAUACCGGCGACAUUGAUCUUGUAUCUUUGGACAAGAAAUUUGAUCUCUUAAUAAUGGCCGAAAAGUUCAACGACAUUCAUUUGCAAACAAGUUGCUAUAAGAAAAUAAAGGAAGAAAUAACUAAAGAAAAUUUAAUCUUUGCUUACAAAACUGCGCAAAGGUAUAAUAACAAGAUAGUGCAGGAAUAUUGUUUUGAAUUCUUCAUAGAAAAUACAGAUGCGAGUAACACGGAUAGCUUUAAAGAAUUGGAUGAACAUACAAGAAGCACUUUUAUAAAUGAAGCGAAAAAAUCUUAUGGUUAUUUUAAGCUAUGA